GACAGAUGGGGGAUUAGAAACCAACACUCACUCGCUUGUGCUCUUUAAAAGAUCAUGACUCACUCUUCAUCAAAGUGCCUGCAUUUGCCACAUCAUUGUAAAUGAUUUCAAUGUGGUUCAAACAUACACCAUUGACCAACUUAGAUUUUUCAUCAAUAUAUAUACGUUUGAUUGUUGUCCUUGUGGUUUUUAUUCAUCCAUAUGUCAUUGUUAUGAUACAAAGGAUUUGAAACCAGUUUAUAGCUUGUACUGGUAACUUUCGAGCUGCUUUCCUGUUUUUAUGAAACUUACCAUGUUUGACAAAAUAGCUAGCUGGUAUUGUUGAUGUAAACGGAUUCGGGGUGAAAUCAUGUCAAAACGAAGAGUUUGUGUAUGAAUGCUUCAAUGAAUUCUGUCAAUGGGAAAGAAAAGGAGCUGGUUUAGUUGGGUGAAAAAGAUUUUUGCUUCUAAUGCACAACCAAAAACACAGAAGAAAUCAAGGAGGUGGAGAUGGAUUUUCGGAAAACUAAAGCUCAAGCAAUGUCGCCCUGCAUUGCCGGCGAUACCCCAGCAGAAAUCGUUAUGUCAAGCAACCGAGGAUCAAAGAAAGCAUGCUUUGAAUCUUGCCAUUGCGACAGCUGCUGCAGCUGAAGUUGCGGUUGCUGCAGCACAAGCAGCAGCCCAGGUCGUUCGUCUGGCUAAUGCCUCUAACCACUUCAGUAAUUUCACAACAAGGGAUAGGAACCGAGCUGCUAUUAAGAUCCAAACCGCUUUCAGGGCACAUCUGGCAAGGAAAGCCCUACGGGCACUAAAGGGACUGGUGUUACUCCAAGCCAUUAUCCGUGGCCAAGUCACGAGACGUCGAGCAAUGAAAAAUAUGAAAUGCUUGCAAUCUGGUACGGACAUGUACCCAGAGAUCAAGGAGAAAGUUAUCUGUCAAGACACCAGGAGAAAUCAGAGCCUCGUACAUAAAGAUCAGUUGCAAGGCAAGGACAUUAUUAAACAUGAAUACUAUAGCCGAAGGAACUGGAAUGAUAGUGUGUUCUCUAAAGAAGACGCUGAAGCCGUAUGGUUAAGAAGGCAAGAGGCAAUGGCCAAACGAGAGCGUAUGAAGAAAUACUCGUAUUCUCAUCGGGAGAGAGUGAAUUCGUAUAUGCUCGAUGAAUCCGUGCACGUCAAAGAAACCGGAAGGAACAGCUUCGUGGAAGCAGAAGCAAAUAGUGAGGGAACUAGAAGGGAAAGAAUGAUGAUUUUAAAACACAAUGUAGCUUCGAAUUCGAGCAGAUGGGAAGUACAUGGUCUGCACGGAUUGAAUUCACCGUAUUUGUUUCCAAGGAGAUCGUUUUGUCGUGUGCAGAACCAGAAUCCCGCUGGGAACGAGAGUUCUGUCCCAAGCUCUCCGGUUUUUCCUACCUACAUGGCUGCAACUGAAUCAGCAAAAGCAAAGGUAAGGUCAAUGAGCACACCGAGGCAACGGCUCGGAUUACCCGAUACAUGCUUCGAUCAUAACAUGCCAUACAAGGGUGGACUUUCUCUCUGGUCUACAUAUAAUGGUGAAACAUUUGAGUAUCAAUGAGAAGCAGAGUCUCCCUAUGAACAAACUCUCUCUUUGACUGUAUAUGCAAGAAAUAGAAUAUAGCUUCAUAUUACAAGGAAGACCCUUUGAGUGUUGUGUAUGUGAUGAGUGAUACAUAUUGUUUUUUUUUUUUUUUUUUGUGUGUGCGUGUGUAAAAACAGAAUUUGGAAAGAUUUUUGUGCCAAGUAAUGAGCAAUGGAAGAUUUGACUUUGUAUUA